CAAAAACAAAAAAAAUAAAAACAAACAAAACAUGUCUUUUUUGUUCAUCUUCAUAGCUUUGCUUCUGAGUUCUUGUGUUGGAUCGUCGACAGCAACUGAUUCAACUUGUGGCAACAAAGUCGUAAGCACAAUCGUCGUCGACAAAACCGGUUCAGGAAAAUUCCGUACGGUUCAAGCUGCCAUUGAUUCAGUCGGUGACAUGAAUUCUCAGUGGAUCAAAAUCAAAGUAAAACGAGGUGUCUACGUAGAGAAGGUGACAAUACCGUUGAGAAAACCGUGCAUAAUAGUAGAAGGAGAUGGACAAAGAGUCACGACCAUCACGUACGAUGCUCACGAAGCGACUGACGUCAGCUCUACUUUCACUUCAUAUCCAUCCCACAUUGUCGUCCGAAACUUAACAAUCAUGAAUACGUAUAAUCGUUUGAGUUUUCGAAGUAAACCGAGUUGGCAGAUAAAGCCAGCGGUAGCGGUUGCGGUUUAUGGCGAUAAAUCAGCGUUUUACAACUGCGAUUUCUUGGGUUUACAAGACACAUUGUGGGAUGUUCAAGGCAGACAUCACUUCAAGGACUGUUACAUCGAAGGUGCUAUCGAUUUCAUUUUUGGCAGUGGCCAAUCUGUAUACGAGGAUUGUCAUAUAAACGCAACGGCGGGAGCAUUAGCAUCAGAAGUGACGUUUGGGUACAUAACGGCUCAAGCAAGAACGAGUGUUUCGGACCCAAGUGGGUUCGUGUUCCUACGUGGCAGUGUCUCAGGGACCACCAAUGUCUAUCUUGGACGAGCCUAUGGUCCAUUUAGCCGAGUCGUUUUCAUCCAAACCGAUCUCGCUUCCGUCGUCAUCCCUGAGGGUUGGCACCCUUGGCACUACGCUGGCCAUGAAAUGAGUUUCACGUACGCAGAAGUUGAGUGUAAAGGAGCUGGAUCGGAUAUAUCUAAAAGAGUCCCAUGGAUUGCCAAACUUCAGUCUUUCUACAGUAAACAACGAUUCUCAACCUCUACUUUCAUUGACCAAGAUGGAUGGAUCUCUAAUAUUCCUCCUUUUUAAUAAAUCUUUUGUUACAUUUUUAAUUAUCUCCUAUUCUAAAGAAAUCUUGUUAAAUACUGCUGUGUAUUAACUGUGUUUGUACUCAUGAAGGACUGUUAUCUUUUUUUUUUUUUUGACAACGAAGGACUGUUAUCUUUGAUCGCUAUUUUUCUCUAAAACGCUCUUCUAUUAUUUUUGGUCGCCAACCACACUCGUGGAUGAUUCGGUUGGCCACGUGUCUA